UUUAUGAGCUUGUCUUAAACCUUAACAUACAGCUGCUUCAGAAGCAGGCCAUCUAGUCAGCAUGCUGGGCUCUGAGGAUGAGUUUAAAUGCUGCACUCGGGACUUUCUCUUCACUUGUGUGAACUUGUUGUCUUUCCUGCUUGAUAUAGGGCUGGAUAUAUGGGCUGCUGUGUCCCUCUACAAGCAGGAGGCCUACGUGUACUUCAGCCUCCUGCUGCUGUUUCUCUUGGGCUCGUCCAUGUUGGUUCAGGUGUACAGCUGGCUGUGGUACCGCUACGAUGAUUUUAAGAUGAAGACAAAGAUUGAGAAGAAGCCGAGCCAGUGCCAGCUCAAGCUGCUGCAUGUUUUCCAGCUGGGGAUCUUCUUCAGGUAUGCAGGAGUCAUGGAGAAGUCUGUGCAAAGCUUAUACAGAAAGCGCGCUGACGCUGAGAGUGUGGCCAAGUUUCUGAGACAGGAUCUCCGCAUUUUGCGCUUCAUAGAGACGUUUUCAGAGAGCGCCCCGCAGCUUGCUCUCAUGCUCACCAUCAUUCUGGACAAAUGUCGGCUGGAUCCUGUUACAGUGUUGAAGGCCAUCGGCUCGACUUUGUCCAUCGCCUCCUUUUUGACCACCUAUGAUCACUCAAUGCGCACCUUCCUGCCAGAGAAGGAAAAACACCACAUGAUCUCAUUAGUUUUCUACUUCAUCUGGAACCUGGUUCUCAUCUCUUCUCGCAUCGCUGCUCUCGCUCUUUUCGCCUCCGUGCUGCCCUGCUUCAUCUUCGCCCACUUCAUCUGCUCUUGGCUGGUUUUAUUCUUCUUUGCUUGGCGAUCCAAGACCAGCUUCAUGGAUGACCCUCGUGGAGAAUGGCUUUACAGAACCACUGUUGGCCUCAUUUGGUAUUUUAACUGGUUUAGUGUGGCCAAGGGGAUGAGGAUCAGGUCCGUGCUCUAUCACGCGUAUAUCCUUAUUGAUAUUUGCAUCCUCUGUGGUUUGUGGUGCUGGAAGAUGAGCACAGAUCCUCCUGAUUUUGUGACACACCCUUUAACCACGGCUGCCUGUGUUGUUGCAGUUUACGUCCUUGGUCUGUUAUUUAAAGUUAUUUAUUAUACGUUCUUCCAUCCAAACCUUGAUAAAGAUAAGCUGAAAGGGGCCACCAUCACAGAGGAGCAACCUGAAGAUGAAGAGCGAUCUCAUUCAGUUCCUACACGUCCCCUUAAGGCCACUGACAAUAAAAGAAUGAGGAAGCUGGCCGAGAACUUCUUCUGCUGACCUGCAUCAUUUGACAUCCACAGGAUGUGGAGAUUAGAAAGAGACUGAGUCAUGUAGGUCACAAGGCUGUGUAGGACUGAGGACUCUGACCUGCUGCUUGAUUAACCACAAAUACAAUAUCUUAUUAUGUUACUCAGGUUUAUCUGGGGAUAAAUUUACAGAAAACACUUUUCUCUGUAUUAACUUGUGCUUUCCUCUAAUGAAGCAUUUAAAAUGCCUCACUUGUUACAUGCUUGUAUGAAAUAGUGAUGGGUUGACAAAGAGAUGAGUUUGCUAAUGCUAAUGAAUGGGUCUGCCUUCCUAAAAUAUAUGACAGUAUUAAACCAGUAUAAAAAUCAUGUUUACAAAAAAUUUUAAAUGGUCAUUUUAAAGCUAGAAUCUUGAAUGGCCUUUCAACAUUUGUGCGUGUGUUUUUUAAAUUCCCAUUUCUAUACCAUUGUGUGAGCAUCUUUUUCUUAUGCAAUAGUGGUGAUGUAGGAGGUGUGAAAUAGGUAUAAAGGUAUUAACAAGGUAUCGACAACGAAGCAGCAAAAAUACAGAAAGCAAAAAAAAAAAAAUAGAAACAUAGAAAGAUUAAUAAAACCAUUUUGGUUGUAGGUGUUAACAUGUAAUUUAACACAUAUUAACUAUGUAACCUUAUACUGUAUUUGAGGGUUGAAGUUGUCUGUGUGUGAAUGUGCACACGUGCAUGUGUGUGCAAAUGCAUAAAUAUAUAAAGAACUCUGAAAAUCUCAGUUCUUUCUGCUGCUUAGUGUGGAAAAGUAAGGAAACGACUAAUUAAGUAAACAUAAUCAGCUAUUAUAACA